UUUUGUUUGAGUUAUAAAUCAAAUACGAUGACGUUAUUUAAACAUUACAACGUUAUAAUAUUGUCUAAUGUAUAACAAGGCCUAAUUGAGAUCAAUUGAACACAAGAUGGAAACGUUUCUUAUUGGAUUCACUUUGGCUAUAAUACUUGCAAAUACUGCACAAGUACAACCCCAAAAGGCAUUCCGUAAGAAAGGUAUUGUAGAGGAUAUUUCAAAACUAGGUACAUCAAUACAUGACGAGCAUGUAGCUCUAACAACGUGCUGUGAAAACAAUGGCAAUAUGGUGAAACAAGUUCUCGCUCGACUUGAUGCAUUGGACUUGAAAAGUAAAUGUGAACCAUGUGAAAACAAUGGUUCUACAUAUCCCAGAGGUCCUCAAGCAUGGUAUUUUUAUGGAAACAACAUUACAAACAGAAAAACAUUUCUAGAGAGUGGUGGGAGAAAAGCCUGGGUAGACUUUGAAACUGAUUUACCGCAAGGGAUAGUAACAUGCUUUGCAGUAUAUUUAGAACCUGGAGUCAAUGAAGACACUGAAGUAAGACUUCAAAUAUGGCGUCCGAUACCUCCAAGCCGAACAAAAUAUUUGCUAGUUUGGGAAAAAGAGGUGACAUUUCUUAAAAAUGAAUAUGGAUUAAGAAAAAUAAAACUCUUACUAUCGGAAAGAUUUCAAACCACUAGUGGGGACAAAAUAGGAUGGACAAAUGAAGGGGACGUAAGCCCUAUUAGUUUGUCCUACAAUGUGAGACAUUUAACGCAUUUCUUACCAUUGGAUAACAGUCCUAACCCAAAAGUGGGAAGUGAAUAUGAAUUUGAAAGUCUUCCCUUGGAGAGUCAGUUUUCGAUAGGAGUAUGGAUGGAUACAAGCUGUCCAGAAUCUCCAGAUUGUCCUUCAGUACCAACAAAACGAAAAGAUAGGGGCAGGAAUAAAAAUAAUGAAGAUGGCCAGGGAGUUUAUGAGGGAUGUGAAAAGCAUGAUUACAACUGGGCAACAUUGAAUAAUACAUGUAUGAAUGGAGUUAAUAAAACAGUGAUUAAAACUCCAUCUAUUGCCGAAUGUAAGAAGGCCUGUGAGGAGAAAUCAUCGGAAUGUGUGGCAAUUAACCACAAUGGCGUUACCGAGGAAUGCCAUCUUAUUGUUGAGUUUACAAAGGAGUCGCAAAUUCACAGUCCGUGUGAGCUUAAUGGAUGGGACUAUGCAGAAAAGCGAGCUAAACCAAGUUGGGCGUGGUUUGACAUCCCAAAUACGUGUAUCAAGAGUUCAAACAAAUUGAUAUUCACAGCUAUAUCCCUGAUAACAUGCAAGGCCGCCUGUGAGCACGAGGAGUCAAUUAAAUGCAUGUCAAUUGAAUUCGAGGAGACUUCCAAUGAAUGCCAUCUUCAAACUAAAUACUCCGGGAACGCACAACUUAGUAGCCCAUGCCACUCAAAAACCUGGCAUUAUGCGGAGAGACAUUACUUUUAUUGAAGCUUAAUGCUGCACUGGUGUGUAAAGUGAACACGCAUUUACAACUUGAAUGAAUUAUGGGUUCAACUGGUUAAUGAUGCAUCCCUGUAUUCUUUAAAUAUAUACUAUUAAGUAUGAUCAAUUCAAGUUAAAUACUAAUUCUGACAUUUUUGGUUUUGCUACAUGGCUCAUCAAACAUUAAUACCGUUUUGUCAACAUGUUUGUGUAAUAUUAUUACCAUAUUUCAUGUUGUGCUUUGUAUGCUGGGGCAGAAUAUUCGGAUGAAACCUAUUGUAUUGAUCACAAAUCAGUUUAAAGUGGACAAAUUUUUGUUAUAAGCUAAUUAUAAUAAACAAUGCUGGAUUAAAA